AUGCCGCCACUACCGCCCAAUCAACCCCUACCCCGCGUCAUCACCUACUACCAGACACACCAUACACACGAUGGCAAGCCGAUCUCGAUCCUCCCGCUUGUGACGCAGCCUGGCAUUAGUGUAACACACGUGAUCCUCGCGGCGAUACAUAUUAACGACGACCCUGAGGCCCUUACCCUCAACGACCACCACCCUAGCGACCCGCGGUUCCUGACACUAUGGGCCGAGCUGCGUGUGUUGCAAGCCAGCGGCGUGAAGGUGCUGGGUAUGCUCGGCGGCGCUGCUCGAGGAUCAUAUGAGAGACUUGACGGCGACGAGGCACAGUUCGAGAAAUACUAUAUACCAUUGCGCGACAUGGUCCGCCAGCACGGUCUCGACGGCAUCGAUCUGGACGUCGAGGAAGAAAUGAGCUUGGGCGGCGUCAUACGCCUCAUCGAUAGAAUUCGUCAGGACUUUGGCAAGGAUUUCUUAAUCACCAUGGCGCCAGUUGCCAUGGCAUUGCUCGACCCUUUGAAGAAUCUGAGCGGCUUCGACUACGAAGCCCUAGAGGUCAUGCGGGGAAGAGAGAUCGCAUGGUACAAUACCCAGUUCUACUGUGGAUGGGGUGACUGCAGCAACCCUGUCAUGUACGAAAUGCUCCUGGCCAAGGGCUGGCCUCCCGAAAAGGUCGUUAUUGGCUUAGUCACGAACCCGGAGAACGGCUCCGGCUGGGUGCCGUGGGAGAUGCUCGGAUCUGUGCUUCUAACACUCCGGGGUCGUUACGAGCGGUUCGGAGGAGUUAUGGGCUGGGAGUACUUCAACAGCUUGCCCGGGGGUAAAGAAAGACCAUGGGAAUGGGCCAAAUGGAUGACUACAAUGCUGCGUUCAGAGCAGUCGUCGUUUUGGCCAGCGCACGGCGUGCUUCCCGUAGAGACUCGCGAGAUUGCUAAAGAGGUGAAGAAGGAUCUGGUUGAUGAGGCUGAUCCGGAUGGUCCUAACAGCAAGGAUGCACCACUUCCGGCCUCUUUCGAUUACUAUUCGGAUACCAACAAUGAUGACUGA